UGAGGAUUUUCAGAGUUCUUUUAUUGAUGAAUACUCUUUCCCCACCAUGGACAUGCUUUUGUUCAAUGAUAAUGUCAUUUCACCGUUUGGUAAUGUUAAUCCAACACAAACCAGGAGCAUGGAUGAAGAUGGUCCACUAUACCAUGGAGAUUUGGCAUAUGAUAAUCCGUUUGGAAGAGAAGAAGAGCAGAAUAUGAUGUUAUUGAGCGCUGGAUACGGUUGUGUUACUAAUCAUAACGUUGAGAUGAUAAACAAGAGAAGUGCUCAUGAAGUUGAGGAGAAGGAAGAGAAUAAUAGUAAUAAUACUUGGAAUAACAAAAGUGCCAUUAAUUAUAAUAAUACUUUAUAUGCCAAUAAUAAUAUUGUUGGAGGGAAGAUUAAGAAGAAGAGGAAGGUUAUUAGUGUGGAAAAUGGAGGCAAUAACAAGAACAAAGAUAUUUGUAGUUCAAAAAUGCUUUGUAGGGAAAAGAUCUCAAAAUACUUCCAUAUGCCAAUCACAAAGGCAGCAAAGGAACUAAAUGUGGGGCUGACGUUGCUGAAAAAGAGGUGCCGGGAAUUGGGAAUUAGACGUUGGCCUCAUCGGAAGUUGAUCAGUCUCCAAACCUUAAUUGCCAAUGUUAAGGAGUUGGGGAAAGAAGAAGAUGGGAAGGUGAGGGAAGUUGUAAAGUUGUUGGAGAAGCAAAUGAAGGAGAUAAAAGAGUGUCCUGACAUAGAGAUGGAAGACACAACUAAAAAGCUUAGGCAGGCUUGUUUCAAGGUCAACUACAAGUGGAAGAGGAAGCAGCUCAUGAUUGGCGGCGGCAACAGCAUGCUCCAACAGCCGCAAGUGUGGUCGCCGCCGUUGUCUUCUGCUUCCGGCACCCCUGUGAACUUUGCCGGCGGUGAUUAUUAUUUUGAAGCAGAUCCUGAAAUUAGUUCUAUGUCAUAUUGCUUCUCGUCCUCUUCUUCCUCUUCCCCCUAAAAUGGGUUGACGUUUAAUUUCCAUUUUCGCAUUUGAACCUUUUCAUUUAGAUAUGGUCGUCGUUUAAUCUGUUGCAUACUUCUCG